GGAAAUGUAAGUCGAUCAGCAUAGCUGGGUGACUUUGGGGUCGUAGUACUGGACAGCCGCCGGUUAAUGUCAAUGGAUCAUUGAUGCAACGUCUGCAUCGGAUUUAGUGUGCUAAGGACGGGGGUCGUUUUAAUGCGAAAGACAGGAUGGUGGUCGUUGGCGUCCUCGUCCUUCUUGUGGCGGCGACAGUGGACAGUCGUUGUCCAAGUAAACUGGACUGCGUCUUGCUGAUGAGAGAGCCGUGUACCCCGGGCAGUAUAGUUUGUGGCCCCUGCAGACACCUGUAUGAGGAGACACAGACUGGGCGUUGUAUAUUUAAAGCAGGCAGCAGAACAAAGUUCACAGGACCAGAUUCCGUGAUCGACAUUAUUCAGGAGUACAGGCUGACCAAAGGCCACAGAAUAAUAUCCACAGACAUCGUUUCUGUCACCACAACAAACACUGCUGCCUCAGCACAGGCUACAUCUCAGGAGAUGAAACCCCCAAAUCUCCAUAACGCCACGCUGACAAGAAGCCCCUCUCCAGCUGCCGCAACUUUCGCGCCACAGCUAAAAGUGAGGAACAUGGGCAGGAGAAGGAAGUCGGAGAUGAACCAGUCCAUGUCACUAGCUCUGACUGUGAUCUGCAGUCUCACUGCUGUGUCUGGACUCCUCGUGGCAGCUCUGUGCUGGUAUAGGUUACAGAAAGAGGUGAGACUGGCUCAGGAGAUGACAUACAAGGGCAACCAUCAUCAACCCUGCAAGAUGUCUGCGGCUCACAUGUCUCACUACGUUCAGCAGUACAGCAGUCAGAAGAAGCAAUUCAAGGCACAGGAAUGCCCAGAAAAGAAGCCUUGUCAGCAACUUUCCACAGACUCUGAGGCAGAUAUUGAGGAAUUUGCAAUCUAUGAAUGUCCUGGACUGGCACCGACUGGAGAGAUGGAAAUCCACAAUCCUCUUUUCGACCCAUCGAGGACCAAGCAGUGAUGAAAUGCGCCACUGAAUGAUCUCUGAAUCUUAUAAUCUAUAUUUAUUAUAGCUGUAUAUCUAAAAGUAUCCUGUGUGGUUGUUGUGCAUUAAACUUUUGAUCUAG